CUGUUUGUGGCAAUAGCUUCGGCAGGCUGAGAUUCACAGGCACAAAGCGAGAGGCAGGAUAGAGACAGCAGGCAGCAGCUGAGUUGAAGCAUACUGCGGAGUGAAGAGCAGAAGCUGAGCAGUGAAGCUUGAAAGUGGCUCAAGGCUUUGUGGAGUGCUCGUUCGGCCUGACUUUGGACAGACGUUCGCCUUGUUGCUCCUGAGACAAACAUUUUUCCUGAAACAGGACAAGGCACCAAGUUUGAGUCGUUUUUUGCACCUGGUGUUAACGUUUGUUUCAACCACAUUUAAUUUCAUCUUUUACCACCAUGGCUGCUGUGCGUCAGAUGGUUAUGGAAACCUCUGGUUUCCACGUUCUCCCGGCUCACUAUAUGGCCUCUGCCAUGGAGGAGUUCCCCCAGCAGCUGCCUGUCCCUAAGGGCCCAGCAAGGGGCAAGAGCCGCUCCCGCCGACCUCGGGAAGCUCGCUUCAAAACUCAACCCGUCACCUUCGCCGAGAUCGCUGAAGUAGAGGAGGAAGGUUCCUCACCUCUGGAAGAGGAGAGGGCACGCCGCUCCUUCCUGCAGUCCUUGGAGAACCUGAGGCGGAGCACGCAGACCCUCCACUGCCCGCCAGCUGCCCAUCACAGCUGCACCCCAACUACCACACAUGCCAGCCUGGACUCCAGCGACUCCGACUCCACCCAGUGAGGUUCCCAUCUUCUCCCGGUGCCCAUGUUCUUCGCUUCACCUUGGCGCCGCUUCAGACGGAGGCCAACUGAACUGAACCAAACUGGCCCAUCUGCCAGCCUGCCUGUGUGUGAGCUGCUGCUGAGACUGUGCAUUUAAUAUACAUGUACUAACAUGUCAGCGUACAGUAUAGCGCUUGAAGGUGCACUUCCUGAGUCUCUGUGAAGAUCUCUACCGCGAGCUGGUCAUAUUGCUGUACAUAUAUGCGCGUAAAGGUAGCAGAUGACACAGUGUUGAACACGCCACUCUUCAAAUGUAUUCCUUUUCUACUGUAGAUGUCUAUAAGAAAAACUUGAAAGACGGACAAUAGUUGAUAUUUUUCCAGUUUGAAACUGCAUAGUUAUUUUUGUUUUCAAUCCAGAUUUUUGUACUUGACCAGUCCUCAUAGAAAGGACGGUUAAAAAUGCUAGUGUUGUGACUUACUACACUGUUAAUACUUUGACCAAGCAAAGCGUCAGACGUGACCUGGCCGUCACUGAAGUAGUGGAGUGUCAUUACAAAGCUUUGUCAAAGGUUGGAGCUCUUGUUUUCCAGCCUCACAGAAAAUUAAAUCUCUGCUCUAUUGCUUCUAUUCCUGAGCAAAACGAAUUGCCUUUCGAAAUGUCUUUAUUUAUUCUCAUAUUUUGUUCAUAACCAUGUGGAGUUGUAGAUGUACUACUCUUGUCGACUUCUAAAGCCGCCUCGGUUUUCAAAGACCUUUUUUCAAAGAGAAAUUAGAACCUUUAUACUUUGAAUUUAUUUGACUUUAUAUAUAAACAUCUAUGUUUGUCAUAUGUACUUUAAUAAAUAUUUUCAAGUACA